GAGCAGGAGGAGGAGCAGGAGCAGGAGCAGGAGGAGGAGGAAGAAAAGGACCAAUCGUUUCCAUGCAGAAUCUACCAAAGGAUACACCGUGAACAGAACAGAACAAAUCAGAAGCAGGCUCAUAGAUACCACAAAGAAACACAUGGGGCGGCGGCGGCGGCGGGCGGCGGCGGGCGGCGGCGGGCGGAGAGGGAGACACCGAGGCGAGGCGGGGCGGGAGCACGAGCCGGCGGUCACGGGACGGACGGGGCGGGGGCGCCGGAGAGGUGGACGGGGGAGGGGGGGGAGGGGGCUUGGGGCACGCACGGACGCCCGAAGCCCAAACGGGCGACGGACGCACCGCGCGCCCCCUCGUCCCCUCCCGCCCCCACCGCCGCCACAGGCCGCGCCCUCGCGGGCGCGGGGCGCGAGCCGCAGCGCGGCCGCAGCCCGGGGGGAGAGCGCGCAGCGGCGGGCAGACGCCGCGGCGUCCCGCGGGUCGCCGCCGGGGCACGCAGCCCUCCCCGCCCCCCCCCCCAGCUCGCACACCCGCAUGGCCGGCCCCCUCCCCGGGACCCCGUCAACUCUCUCUCCCCCGUCCACCGGGGCCCCCCCCAACCCGCGCCCGCCUUCCCAGGCACCCUUCCCCCGCCGCCGCCGCCGCCGCCGCCGCCACCACCACCGCCACCGAGGGCGGCGGGAAGUGGGGGGGCGGGGGGUGGGGUGGGGGUGGGGGGCGGCCCAACGGGAAGCGUGGCGCCAAGCGGGCGAGGGGGACACACGACAGAGGUAAGGGAGGCCGUGAGGGCGAGAGAACCGGACAGGCAGCCGCAGGAGGCGUGGCUGGGGGCGGGGGUGGGAGAAAGCCCCGAGGCUCGGAGGGCGGGCGUGGGGAGGGCGCCUGGCGACCGCGCGGGCAAGGCCCGGAGCAGCGGACGACCGGCGACCGGGCCGAGGCAGACAAGCCCAGGGCCGGCGGCGGCGGGAGGCGACGGGGCAAGGCGAGCGGCCCCCCACGACGGGGAGCCGCCAACCCGUCACGCCGCACAGCCCGCGACACGCGACCGGAGGACCCGCACCCUGCGGUCCGCGGCCGGUGGGGGAAGGAAGGCAGCCGCGGCCGCACGCACGGGACGAGGAGGAGGGCCGGCAGCGGUGCGGAGGGGCCGGCCAGCACACGCAGCAGGGGCUGCGGGACGGGGGCGAGGGCGCCCUGGGGCGAUCCACGGGAAGGGCCCGGCUCGCGUCCAGAGUCGCCGCCGCCGCCGGCCCCCCGGGUGCCCGGGCCCCCGCGGGGGGACCGCCCCCGCCACCGGGGCCCCGGCCGCUCCCGGCCCCGGCCCCCCCGGUCCCGCCGCCCCCCCACCCGCCCCCCGCGGAGGGGGGAGGCGGGGGGGCGGGAGGAGAGCGGGGGGCGGGGUGGGAGGGAGCCGCGCGGGGUGGGGCGGAGGAGGGCCCGCGGGGGCGGCCCCGGGCCGCGCCGGCCGCCACCGCGCGCAGGAACGAGGGGAGGGGCGCGGCGGGCCCCCCUCCUCCUCCUCCUCCUCCUCCGCACCCCACCCUCCCCGUCGCGAGCCCGCCCGCCCCGGCGGCCCCGGGAGCCGGGCCGGGGACGCCCCCGGGCCAGGCCACACCGGGAACGGCCGACGCGCCCUCAAGAGCCCGUCCGUCCGCCCGCCCCAGAGGGGCGGGGGAUGCCGGGCGGCGAAGACACGGCGACCGGCCCGCGGUGGGCGGACCGGGGACCCGACCGGCGCUCGGGAGAGCGCGUCGGAGCGGGGGGCGCGGCGGGGGGGGGCGGCGGGGCGGCGGGGGUGUGGCGCGGCGCGCGGCCGCCGGCGGGGUGGCGGGCGGGGAGGGGGGGGAGGCGGGAGCCCCCCGCCCCGACCCGGCGCCCGCGCGCCGCCGCCGACGGCCGGCGGGCGCACACACGCACCGCACGCGCCCCGGCCCCGCGCGCGCGGCGGGGGCGCGCCGGCGCCCGCCGGGCUCCCCGGGGGCGGCCGCGACGCCCGCCGCAGCUGGGGCGAUCCACGGGAAGGGCCCGGCUCGCGUCCAGAGUCGCCGCCGCCGCCGGCCCCCCGGGUGCCCGGGCCCCCGCGGGGGGACCGCCCCCGCCACCGGGGCCCCGGCCGCUCCCGGCCCCGGCCCCCCCGGUCCCGCCGCCCCCCCACCCGCCCCCCGCGGAGGGGGGAGGCGGGGGGGCGGGAGGAGAGCGGGGGGCGGGAGACACCCCCCGGGCCCGACGGCGCGACCCGCCCGGGGCGCACUGGGGACAGUCCGCCCCGCCCCGACCCACCCGGUUGGAGGCGGGCCGGGGUGGGAGAGCGGUCGCGCCGUGGGAGGGGCGGCCCGGCCCCCCCGGACCCCCCGCGCCGCCGGCCGAGGCCGGGGCGGGCGCGCCGGCCGCCACCGCGCGCAGGAACGAGGGGAGGGGCGCGGCGGGCCCCCCUCCUCCUCCUCCUCCUCCUCCGCACCCCACCCUCCCCGUCGCGAGCCCGCCCGCCCCGGCGGCCCCGGGAGCCGGGCCGGGGACGCCCCCGGGCCAGGCCACACCGGGAACGGCCGACGCGCCCUCAAGAGCCCGUCCGUCCGCCCGCCCCAGAGGGGCGGGGGAUGCCGGGCGGCGAAGACACGGCGACCGGCCCGCGGUGGGCGGACCGGGGACCCGACCGGCGCUCGGGAGAGCGCGUCGGAGCGGGGGGCGCGGCGGGGGGGGGCGGCGGGGCGGCGGGGGUGUGGCGCGGCGCGCGGCCGCCGGCGGGGUGGCGGGCGGGGAGGGGGGGGAGGCGGGAGCCCCCCGCCCCGACCCGGCGCCCGCGCGCCGCCGCCGACGGCCGGCGGGCGCACACACGCACCGCACGCGCCCCGGCCCCGCGCGCGCGGCGGGGGCGCGCCGGCGCCCGCCGGGCUCCCCGGGGGCGGCCGCGACGCCCGCCGCAGCUGGGGCGAUCCACGGGAAGGGCCCGGCUCGCGUCCAGAGUCGCCGCCGCCGCCGGCCCCCCGGGUGCCCGGGCCCCCGCGGGGGGACCGCCCCCGCCACCGGGGCCCCGGCCGCUCCCGGCCCCGGCCCCCCCGGUCCCGCCGCCCCCCCACCCGCCCCCCGCGGAGGGGGGAGGCGGGGGGGCGGGAGGAGAGCGGGGGGCGGG